AUGGAGCUUUCGAAGGAAACUUUUCAUCAAAUUACAACAUCUCCGCCGCAAUUUAUAUAUUGUAGCGCGGAAAAUUGUAUAGACAAAGAUUUUCUUGAUAUGCUCAACGAUGAUGGCUCACAAUUACACAAGUCUGUGGAAGCAAUAGUUGUGGAUGAGUCUCAUACAAUUGAGACAUGGACUGGGAAACGGUAAGACCGGUUUUCUGAAACCGCUUCUUCUAAAAGUUUAGUUAUGUAGUAUGACAUUGACGCCAAUCUGGUAUUGUAUUUCUAAGUAUUCAUAUCGCAUAUCGGUACAUUGGGACGUUUUUCGUCUUUUUUGUGUAGAGACAUAAAGGGCAAAUUAUCGAAGUCGAAGGACAGGAAAGCUUUCAGAGAAGCUUAUGGAAAGCUUGCAAUUCUUAGGUCAAUGUGCAAAAAAGGCAAGCAAUUUAUAUUAUUUUUGUUUCUACAAUUUAUCUAAUAUACUCCUAGUCUUAAAUGUUAAUGUUUAUUGACAAGCAAAAUAAAGUUUUGUUAUUUGUAUAAGCAUUGUCAUGUUAAAUUACAUUGUCUUUCUUCCUUUAUUUUUUCAUUCAUGUUUUUAUUCCAGGUACUCCAUUAUUAGCUUUAACUGGAACAGCAGAUCAAGAAACCCAGAAUGUCAUUUGUCAUAACCUAGCCCUGAAAGACCCCACAAAGUUUUCUGUCAGCCCGAAUCGUCUCAAUUUGCGGUUCAGUGUCAUCAAGGUUCCAAAAAAACAAAUGCUAUCUCAGCUGGAUUGGAUUGUGGAGAAGAUAAAGAAUGAAGGUAUUGCUACUCCCAAAACUAUAAUAUUUUGUGAUACCAUGUAUUCAGUUGCACAUGUUGCCAACUACCUGAUGAUGAAGCUGGGAAGACAGGCAUUUUAUCCAACAACUUCUAAAGAAAGAGAACAUUGUCUUUUGGGCAUAUUCUGUUACCCAAGAGAAGUACAAGGAAAGAAUUGUAAAAUCGCUCAAAGGUGAUGGUUCGAAAAGAAUUAUUAUUGCAACAUCAGCAUUGAGUAUGGGAGUUAACUUCCCUGACAUUAGAUUCAUUGUAAUGUUUGGGCCACCACGUGAUAUUUUAGAUCUACACCAAAAAGCUGGACGAGCUGGACGUGAUGGUUUAUCAUCUGACAUUUUAAUACAUUAUUAUGGUCAACAAAUUUCACAUGUUGAUGAGGACGUGAGGGAGUUUUUAAAAAAUGAUGAUUGCAUGCGUGUUGCUGCUUACAGGAUAUAUGAUCAAGAUGUUGUUCCUCUACUUCCUGCUCAUAGUUGCUGUGGUUUCUGUGCUGCAUCUUGUUGUUGUGAUGAAGUUGAAGGAAAGUGUGAAAGAGUAUCUGGUCCAUACCAUUUCAAUCUUGUUCCAGAUGACAUUGAAAAUUCUUGUAAUUUGUAUCGAUCUGUGUCUGAAGAAGAUAAAUGCAUCCUUCAUGAUGCUUUAAAAGAGCAGCAAAUGAAUAUUUCAUCUUACAAUGCAGUCAUUGCUCUUGGAUCAGUGUCAAGUCAUGGUUUUUCUGAACAAGUCAUCACAGAUGUUGUUGAGAAUUGUAACAAGAUAUUUUCUGUGGAAGAUGUCAUAACUUAUUCACCUAUUUUUUCAAGAAACCAAGCUAUGGAAGUGCUUUCUAUUUUUAGUGAAGUGUUCAAUGAUAUUGAAGAGGUGCACUUGAUAUCUAACAAUUCAUUGGAAGAUGAUAGCUAUCCACCGUUUUCUUUAGACCAGUUGCUAAACAGUGAAUUUACAGAUACUGAUGUUGAUGGAGAACUGUUUGACUUGGAUGUCAUAGACUAA